AUGGAAUCGAACAAUCUCAACUACGCCCGUAGAAAUCAGCAAGCGCUCCUCGCUGACGCUUAUCAAGGGCUGGUGGACCACGUCAACCAACAGCAUCACUUGGACGAGGCCAACCCGAUGGCUGUCGGCCGUAGAGUCAUUCUACCGUCGACGUUCGUCGGGAGUCCACGUUACAUGAAAGGAUGUUAUCACGACGCGAUGACUAUUGUGCGUAAGUACGGUAAACCUGAUCUGUUUAUAACUUUUACGUGCAAUCCUAGGUGGCCAGAAAUCACACAGAACGUCGAAAGAUGGUCUGCUCCAAACGACAGACCCGAUCUCAUAGCCCGGGUGUUCCACGCCAAACUCAAGGCCCUCAUGCGGGACAUAAUAGUAAAUCGUGUGUUUGGUAAUGUAGACGCUUAUGUAUACACUGUUGAGUUUCAGAAACGUGGACUGCCGCACGCGCACAUAUUGGUCAUCCUCGGCGAGGACAGCAAGUUGCAUACCGCCGAGGAUGUGGACAAUGUUGUGUGCGCUUCCUUGCCGGACCCGGCAACCGACAGGCGCCUGUUUGACUGUGUGAAAUUACACAUGAUUCACGGGCCGUGUGGGCAACUAAACCCUAACAGCCCGUGCAUGGUGGACAACAGUUGUUCAAAGAAGUAUCUAAAAGAAUACAGCGAAGAAACCCUCUACGCCUCAAACAACGGGUACCCGACGUACCGCCGACCGAACAAUGGAUCUGUGGCCUUGGUCAGACGACAAGAGGUGGGCAAUGAAUUUGUGGUCCCCCACAAUCCGUACCUACUGGCCAAAUACGAUGCACACAUCAACGUUGAGGUGUGCUCUACGAUUAAGAGUGUCAUGUAUUUGUAUAAAUAUGUGUACAAAGGCCAUGAUGCGGCUACUAUGGAAGUUUGGGACGGCGAUGAGAUAUUAAAGUAA